UCAACCUCAAUCGAACUCUUGUUUCAAACAACCAUUGACCACGAUCGUGUCCUCCAUAUAAGGACAUUUGCUAAACCACACAUCAUCAACUUCACCACAACCGCAAUCAUGGACUCUGGCGCUCCCCAAAACAACCAAAACACCAACGCCAGCGGUCGCCGCCGAAGCUCCGGCUUCAUGCCCGCCUUCGCAAGCCUCCAACAGCAAAAGCGAGGCUCCGAUGCCAACGCGGCCCGUCGCGCGAGCAUGUCGGACCAAACAGCAAAGGGCGGCAUCUUCAGCCAGUUCUUCCACAACAACUUCGGCAAGAACGCGGAGAAAUAA